AUGGUGUGUCGGGGUUGGGACCAAGAGGGCCUUCUGGCGAGCCUGAAGAACCUCACGGGUCUGUCAUUGUCCCGCAAUUGCUUCACUGUCUUUCCCUCCGGUGGACCGCAGCAGUUCAUCACCGUCCAGGUGUGUGCAAUAUCGCUGUCAAGUGUAUGCAUUUUGGUUUUGUGGCACGACGGUAGUAAUGGUGGUGGCGAUAGAAUUUCAAUUUAUUCUUUGUAA